UUUAACGUGAAUAUAUCACAUUUCCCUUGUUUCUCUUUUCCUAUUACCUUACUUUCAUUUGCUAUAUACAUCUCACCACAAGUUUACGCAAAUCUUCUCAAAACAAAAAUACUGCUAGUAUUACUGAAAGAAGAAAGUGCAACUAACCUCGAAUAUAAUGGCUCUUCCCGUAACUGAUGAUUUUGGAAAAACUCUUAGUGAUGCCUGGGACUACAAAGGUCUUCCUGCUAACCGCAGUAAGACUGGCGGUUGGAUUCCAUCCGCCAUGAUUUUAGGUGUCGAGACAUGUGAGAGGUUGAUAACAUUAGGGAUUGCAUUUAACUUGGUAACAUACUUAACUGGGGUAAUGCAUUUGGGGAAUGCUACCUCGGCUAAUACGGUCACCAACUUCCUUGGUACCUCCUUCAUGCUCUGCCUCCUUGGUGGUUUCAUUGCUGACACCUUUCUUGGCCGGUACUUAACCAUUGCCAUCUUCGCCACAGUCCAAGCAUUGGGUGUGACAAUAUUAACCAUAUCAACUAUAAUUCCGAAUUUGCGUCCACCCCCAUGCCCGGAGAACUCCUCAACGUGUAUAAAAGCCAACGGGACGCAACUUGGCGUUCUCCACCUAGCACUCUACUUGACAGCCUUAGGAACAGGCGGUCUAAAAUCGAGUGUAUCAGGGUUCGGAUCAGAUCAAUUUGACGACAAGGACAAGGAUGAAAGAAGUAUGAUGACAAAAUUCUUUAAUUGGUUCUAUUUCAUAGUAAGUUUUGGGUCACUAGCAGCAGUUACAGUGUUGGUGUACAUUGAAGAUAAUUUGGGAAGGCAGUGGGGUUAUGGAAUUUGCGCUUGUGCUGUAGUGGUUUGCCUAAUAGUGUUCCUUUUGGGAACUAAACGAUACCGUUUUAAGAAGCUUGCUGGUAGCCCGCUCUCUCAGAUAGGCGCAGUUGUUGUCGCGGCUUGGAAGAAGAGAAAGGUUGAACUGCCUGCUGACUCUUCUCAACUCUUUAGCGUUGAUGAAAUUGCACAAACUAGUGUUAAAUCUAAGCAAAAACUUCCUCACAGCAAGCAAUUCAGGUUUUUGGACAGGGCUGCCAUAAAGACCGCCGAAAUGGGCGAAGACUUGGCCAGCGUAAGCAAAUGGGACUUAAUGACACUCACCGAUGUAGAAGAGGUGAAAAUGAUCGUAAGAAUGCUUCCAAUUUGGGCUACAACUAUAGAGUUUUGGACAGUUCAUGCUCAAAUGACUACAUUCUCCGUGUCACAAGCUGUGACUAUGGACCGUCACGUUGGUUCUAAAUUCCAAAUCCCACCAGCCUCAAUGACGGCCUUCCUCAUCGCUAGUAUUCUCCUUACAGUCCCUAUUUAUGACCGUCUUGUGGCUCCUAUUGCAGCUCGGUUGUUCAAAAACCCACAAGGCCUCUCACCACUUCGCCGUGUUGGUGUUGGCCUAUUCUUUGCCACAAUCGCAAUGGGGGUGGCUGCCCUCACUGAGAUCAAAAGGUUGCACGUGGCCAAGUCCCAUGGAUUAGAGCAUGAUGCAAAUGCGAUUGUACCAAUAUCAGUAUUCUGGCUAAUUCCACAAUUUAUAUUAACCGGUGCUGGAGAAGCCAUGAUAUAUGCAGGACAACUUGAUUUUUUCCUAAGAGAAUGUCCAAAGGGAAUGAAGACUAUUAGCACAGGGUUAUUUUUAAGCACACUUGCCCUAGGGUUUUUCUUAAGCACAGUGAUCGUUUCGUUAGUGAACUCAGUAACUGCCCACACUACGCCCUGGUUAGCGGACAACCUCAACGAAGGGCGGCUUUACAACUUCUACUGGUUGUUGGCCAUCAUAAGUUUGGUGAAUUUUGUACUGUUCUUGUUCUGUGCAAAGUGGUAUGUGUACAAGGAGAAAUGGCUGGCUGCUGAGGGAUUUGAAAUAGAGAUGGACGAGACACCAGGCCCAUCCUGCCACUGAGGCCCAACAAACAGAACAAAUACAAUCUUUUGCAUGUACGUGCGUGUUUUUUUGUAACUAUUGUCUUUGAAAAGAUCAUAAGUUUGGUAAGAAUUCCUCCGUGUUCAAGAAUUCAUAAGAUAGAAAGAAACAAGAGAUGGAGGUGUAACAUAUUACAUAUAUAUACUCCAUAAGUAGGAUGACUUAAUUUUGUCCAUGGCCGAAACGCAUAUGGCUACAACCGCUUCGUAAGAACGGUUUGAAUAAGGGGCCUUCUUAUAUCAUACACAAAUUUUCAAUAUACAUCAACUCCCUUUUCUUUC